CCAGCUCAGCUACUCCACUUUUAUUUGCAGUUUGUCUCUUACAGUCAAAUUUACUCAUUAUUAAUUAAACAAAAAAGAUCCAAUUUGUAUAUCUCUAACUAUCGCUUUUUAUAUUCAAAAGUUAAGAUUUUCAGAAAGGAAAAGGCCUUUUUUUUCUGCUACUAAAUUUUUUUUUAGAGAGAGAAAAUGGGUUCUAUUGGGAAUUUGGCUAGGAGAGCAGUGCUGACCAAUACACCAGUUAUGGUUCAGAUACAAGAAUUGGUUCGAGGUGUUGAAGGUUGUAUUUCUCUAGCUCAGGGGGUAGUGUACUGGCAACCACCUGCACAAGCACUGAAUAAGGUCAAAGAAAUCAUCUGGGAACCUUCAGUUAGUCGCUAUGGUGCCGAUGAGGGCCUUCCUGAGCUCAGGGAGGCAUUGACGAAAAAGUUGGGUCGUGAAAAUAGCUUACACAAAUCGUCAGUUAUGGUUACUGCUGGCGCGAAUCAGGCUUUUGUAAACGUCGUUCUCACACUGUGUGAUGCUGGUGAUUCAGUUGUUAUGUUUGCACCAUACUAUUUCAAUGCAUACAUGUCAUUCCAGAUGACAGGUGUUACCGAUAUUCUGGUGGGUCCUGGUGACGCAAAGACACUUCAUCCGGAUGCAGACUGGUUGGAGAGUACUCUAAAGAACACUGUACCAACCCCAAAGCUUGUGACUGUUGUUAAUCCGGGGAAUCCAUCAGGAACAUAUAUCCCUGAGUCCCUUCUUAAGAGGAUAUCUGAUAUUUGUAAAGAGGCGGGAUGUUGGCUCGUAAUUGAUAAUACUUAUGAGUAUUUCAUGUAUGAUGAUCGGAAACAUGUUUGCAUAGAAGGAAACCACAUAGUCAACAUCUUUUCCUUCUCUAAAGCUUAUGGGAUGAUGGGAUGGAGAGUUGGAUAUAUAGCAUACCCAUCGGAAGUGGAGGGGCUCGCAGCUCAACUCCUUAAAGUUCAGGACAACAUACCUAUUUGUGCUUCUAUAAUCUCUCAACGACUCGCUCUUUACUCUAUGGAGAUGGGACCAGAGUGGGUAACUGAUCAAGUGAAAGACCUCGUCAAGAACAGAGAGCUACUCCUAGAAGCUUUAUCUCCUUUGGGAGAGGGAGCUGUUAAAGGGGGAGAAGGUGCCAUUUACCUGUGGGCAAAGCUGCCAGAUAAAUACGAGAACGACUUCGAAGUAGUUCAUUGGCUAGCUAAGAGGCAUGGAAUAGUCCUGAUCCCCGGAAGUUCCAGCGGUUGUCCAGGUCACGUUAGGAUCUCCUUUGGAGGAUUGAUCGAAAAGGACUGUCGGGUAGCUGCUGAAAGGCUCAGGAAAGGUUUGGAAGAACUCGUAAAUAGUGGAAUGAUUUCAUGAUUCUCUUGAGUGAAAAUUAGUAUCAGCUUGUUCUCCUGGACACCAGCCAUCAACAAUACAAGAAAGACACAUUUUAUCCUUAAUAAUUGAAGGGAUUUUCAGCUUUGCAACUUGAUCAUUGGAAAUGCAAGCUAAAACUUGCCAUUUUGUAUAGUUUCAAAUGAGUUACUCACAUGUACCUGAUUUUCUUAAAUGGAUAAUGGAAGUGUCUCAUAUAUCUCCGAGCCUGUCUCUUGGAACCAUUUAUACAUAUAUGUCAAUUACCAGGUUAUCAGAAAUUGCGGAGGGUUGAUGGUGCACGGUUCGAAACUUGGUAGAUAAUAGGUCCUCCUUCUAUAUAACGAUGGACUUCUAAUGGACAUGUAAUUUCAUUUAAUAGACGUGCUAUGGUAUACAAUUGAAACAUGCCACUAGUCCUAGUGGUUGAGGUUUUGGUUUGAAGUUAUGUUAUGUUGGGAUUAGUUAUUCUGAUAUUAGUUUUUAUUGAUCG